AGUGCAUUAGGCAGCAGUGUGCGACUGCAGCUGCAGAGAGACAAUAACGCCGUCGGCAGGGCAGUGAUCCUUAUUUGCUAUGGAUCAGCAGCACGAUUCAUUCAACAGCCACUCCAACCACUGCAACUCGGCCAAUGCCAUGGCAAACUCCCUUGCUGGAAUGACUAUCAACGACCAUCACCAUGGGGAGCAGUUGGAGAAUGGCGUCAGUCCAAUGAAAGAGGUGUCCCAGGAAGCUUCAGUCAAACUGACAGAAGAUGAGCUAAUAUCAGAGACUGAGGUCUCCAAAAUAGAGAGUGCCCCCUCUGAGGAACAAGUCAAUGAAGAGCCAGCUUUAGCUCAUGAGUUUCCUCAGGAUGAGACCGACUCCCUUAUUGAGGAGGAGCAAUGUGACGGGUUGGUGGAUUCUGCAGAAGUACAUGGAGAAGCUCAGCCAGCGUCUGCUCCUGCUGAUUCAAAUGGGCAGAGUGGAGGACCCACAGGUUCAUCUCCAACAGAUGUAGCAGCUGACUUCUCUUCAGGGGGUUAUGAUGAAGACUGGCAAGACAUGGGUCGAGGUUUUAUAGACCAGAGUAUACCAGAAGAAGAAGAACAUUUUCUGAUGACCAGCUGGAGUGGUCCAUCGAAGCAUCUGCAGCAUCGACUGGUCAGUCCUGAUCGCACCAGAAGCCUGUCCCUGGAGAACGACCUUCCUGUCUCCUUCUUAAUCCGCAGUGCAGCCCUGGAAGAUCUCACAGCUGUUGGGGACAAGAUCAGAGAACGUGAGAGUGUUUCUGUUUCUGAAGAAUUUCUCCAACAACCCUGCAUUGAUUCCACUGAGAAAGGUCCUAAGGAUGGGCAACAAACUGUGACAGAUCAACAGAAGAUGACACAAUUUGGAGAUAAAGAUAUACCCAGUAUGGGCACCUUGCAUUGUUCCAAUGUCAAUUUAUCAGUGGAUCCAAGCUGUGACCAUGACCAAGGAAGUACUUCACUGAAGCAGGAAUUUGUCAGUGCUACAGUACUACCACAGAGCCACAUACAGUGUCUGACUUCAGUGUCACUGAGAGACUCUUAUUUGGUACUGCAUGAAGGUAAUUACAGUGAUUCAGUUGAAGACCAGAGCACUCAAUUGGCACUUCACCCUGGAAGCCUCAAGACAGAAGGAAAAGAAGUCAUUCCUCUUUUGAAGGACUCAACCAGUUUUCCAGUCACUUCCUAUGGCUCACCAACUAGAAAAUCUCGUGUACCCGUAUCUCAGUUCAAAGCUCAAGCCAAGACUGACAAUGACACUGAGAAACGGUCAUUUUCAUCUUAUGGCACAAAGACACUCAAAGCACCUCCUGCCAAAGCUAGAGUAUCCUCCUUAAAAAGACCCUCCAACAUUGCGAAAAAACCCUCAGCUUCCUCUAGUUCUCUUUCAGCACCUAAAAGUGCUUUACAAACAGGGACUGGGCCAAGGGCUCCAGGAAGCAGGCCUUACGCUGCUGGUACAAAGAUUCCAGCAAUGACCCCUCCUCAGUCAGUGAAAGUGGAUCCAAAGAAACAAGUCAAAAAUGGAAAAGAUUCUCCUAAGACCCCUGAGGCAAGUGGCCAAAGUAGUCCUGGCACCCCUAAAUCACCUGCCAGCAAGUCUCUAGGUGGUAAAACCCCAGCAGGAAAGGAGAUAAAGAAGGUGGCAGUGAUCCGUUCCACCCCCAAAUCUCCUGGCUCCCUGAAGAACCGUUCUCCAGCCCCUUUGACUGCUGCACCUCUGCCCGACCUGAAGAAUGUGCGCUCCAAAGUUGGCUCCACUGACAACAUCAAACACCAGCCUGGAGGAGGCCGGGUCCAGAUUCUUGAUAAGAAAGUGGACUUCAGCAAUGUCCAAGCUCGAUGUGGUUCUAAAGACAACAUUAAGCACGUUCCUGGAGGAGGCAAGGUUCAGAUUCUUGAUCAGAAGUUGGACUUAAGUAAUGUGCAGGCUAGGUGUGGCUCCAAAGACAAUAUCAAACAUACACCCGGAGGUGGCAAAGUCCAGAUUGUUCACAAAAAGUUAGACUUGAGCAAUGUGCAGGCGAAAUGUGGUUCAAAAGACAAUAUCCACCACAAGCCAGGAGGUGGAAACAUUGAGAUCAGAUCUGAGAAGUUGGAAUUCAAGGGGCAGUCAAAGAUUGGCUCUCUAGACAACAUUGGCCAUGUGGCUGGAGGCGGUCAGAAGAGGAUUGAGACACACAAGCUGAUGUUCCGUGAGCAGGCAAAGGCACGGACGGACCAUGGCGCCGAGAUCAUCUCUCUGGAAGAGUCUCCCCAGCAGCUCAGUACUGUUUCCUCCUCUGGCAGCAUCAACAUGGCUGACCCACCUCAGCUCGCUACCCUUGCAGAUGAGGUGAGCGCCUCGUUGGCCAAGCAGGGCUUGUGAUCUCUCCACUUGUCCUCUCUCUUCCUAAACCCUCUUGCUACAGUCAUUUAUGGACAUAAGAAAGUCUUCAUCUCCCUCAUUCCGUUGCUGAUGAGUGAGGAUCCCAUAUCACGGAGCUCUCGCUAUCACCGUUAAAGUUUUGCAACAUCAUUUGUAUUUGGCCUUAUCAUGUCCUGAGCAUCAGUUGCCCAUGACUGCAAAAAUAAAAAAAUUAAAAUAAAAAGUCUCUUUAGCUGUUCAAAUGAUCAAUGAUCAAUCUCAUUCUUUUCCUUUGACAUGUCACAUUUUCUGUACCUUUUGCUUUAAGUAUUUUAAGUGAUUGGUCCUAAUUUCACAAAAUUGGGAAAAUAUUGGAUUUGGACAGUCUGGAAAGCAUGGAAAGACCAACUCAAAACUUCUCUUUUUCUUGCUUUGGUGUUGAGAGAAUGCUAUAUGGAAGGUCUUACAUUAAAUUGGUUCCAAGAAGAGAAAAGCAUCUUCAUAAAAUUGAUGCAUGAAGCAAGGAUUAAAAUAGUAAUGUGUUUUUAGAAACAGGGUAGGAAUGUUUUACUUCAAGAAAAAGCUGAAUAUCUCUCCAAACAUCCAUCAAACCAUCUAUUAGGUUGUGGUUCAUCAUGCAGGUUGAUUGUAUCAAAAAUAACUCAACAAAAUUUGAGAUUUCCAAAAAUCGAGUGAGAUUCGGCGAGCUUCAUGUAAAUGAAAUGUUGUUUGUCAGCCACUUUUCUUACAGUAUUAUUCUGUGGAUAUGAGACAUAUUUGAUAUGGGAAAAAAGUGUUGAGCCUGCUGGCAGUCUUUUUUUUUUAGUCAGUGCUACAUUAUAGAUGCCUCUCCUAUAUAACUUCUUCCCUGUUUGCAGCAAUGCAGCUUUGGUGAUAAUAAUUCACUCACAUUUAUAUUCCUGAAUGCUAACAUUAAGCAUUUUCAUCUUCGCCCAAUGUUGAGAAUUUAAGUUAUUAGUAUUUGAACAUUUUUUACACAAUACAGUAUGUCACUGAUUUGACUAAAAAAAAAUCUGAAUGGUUUUUCGAACCAUGUUUAUCAUUACAGUAACAAAUAAGCUGCUGUUGGUUAUUUAGAACUGUGUGCUUUGGUGAUAAUUCAGUUGUAGACAUGAUUUUACGUUUCAAUGCUUCAUGAAAUUGGAGUACAUACAAAGAGUGUCUUUAACCCAAAAGUGUUUUGUACCAAUUUUGUGCUUUGUUCAUGCCCAAACUCUUGUACUGUGAAAAGUUGGUAAUUGAACUUUCAGCAAAGUAUUUUCCACACUGAUGUGCCAUCACAUUUUACACAUUCACUGUCAACAUAGUGUUCUUGUAUUGUCCUUGAAACCCCAGUUGAAUUGCAUGGAAGGCACAUUGUAUACACUCCUGUUUUAAACACCUCAAAUCUUAAAAACCCCAGUUUUUACGGCACAGGGUGAUUUUGAUUUCUAUAAAAUCAAACUUUCAACCAACAACAUUGCUAAAAUUCUCCCUUAGUAGCCUAGACUGCAUUGUCACAGCACACUCAUUGAGCUUCAAAAUGUCUAUCUAUGCUCCUUGCAUGCCUCUGCAUCACCUCCAGUUUUGAACACCGUUCUUUUUAAUGUAUAUUUUGUAAUAUGGAUUGUGCUUUUUUUUCUGCACCAUAUAGUAGUAGAAGGGAAUAUAUUAUCCAACAGAUGACCACACACACACACACACACACACACACACACACACUUUCUUUAUGAUGGAGGAGCUGUAUAGAUAGCGGUAGUUAUAUAAUGUAUGUGUAUUAACAUUUACGGUUCAUCUAUUUGCCAAGGAACAUGAGUGCUGAAAAAAAUAGCAGAGCAGUUCAGCGGUUGUUGCUCGCACCACAAUAAUCUGCAUGCUGUUAUCUGGUCUUUUAUGGGAUUUUUUUAUUUUUAUGGAUCAACAAUGUGUUUUUGAAUGUUCUUGGAUGGGGUUUGUAUACUAUAUGUGGUAGGUGGGCUACUGGAAGUUUUGCCUUGGGUGAAAGAAGUUGUGUUUCAUGUACGAGUGUGGGUCAAGGGAAAGGUACCUCGAUCCAGAAGUGACUUCUGGAAAGGCCACCGCUUUGAGUGUAAGUUCGUGUUCCACACUGUAAGCUUGACCUGGUGGGUUUGCCAUUUUGCUGUCAUUGACGCCAUUCACCUAAUUCUGCGCUUGUAAAUUUUUGCUUGAGAAAUGUGAUUGUCAAUAUUGUUCUUGUGUGUUUUAAUAAUAACUGAUUCUUGUUCAUGUACAUGUGAAUUUGGAA